AUGCACAGCGCCUUCUGCGGCGCGCUGGUGGAGCGGCGCCCCCGGGCGCCCCCGAGCCGCGCGCCCCCGCCCGCAGAGCCCCCCGCGCGCCGCGCGCCCCCGCCCGCCGAGCCCCUGGGCCGCGUGCCCCUGCUGCUGUGCCCGGGCGCCGAGCCGCGCUGCUACGAGGCCUACGAGGCCUACGCGGCCGUGCUGCCCUGCGUGCCCUUCCCCGGCGCCCUCGGGGGCUACGACUACCCCUUCGAGCCCGCCUUCAUCCAGAAGCGCAACGAGCGCGAGCGGCAGCGGGUCCGCUGCGUCAACGAGGGCUACGCGCGCCUGCGCGGCCACCUGCCCGGCGCCCUGGCCGAGAAGCGGCUCAGCAAGGUGGAGACCCUGCGCGCCGCCAUCCGCUACAUCAAGUACCUGCAGGAGCUGCUGAGCGCCGCCCCCUCGGAGGCGUCCAGCCACUGA